CCCAUCCAUCCCCAACUACCCCUAUCUGUUCUUCCCUUUUUUUUAAUCCUUUAAUCUCCAUAGAUCUGUGUUGUUCUUCCUUAAAAAUACAGAGAUAUGGGUCUUUGUAUCUGUAUCUAGAUCUCUCAUCUCUUUCAGAUUUUCAUGCUUCAAAAACCUGUUACAGAUCUGAUCCUUUCUUCCUUUCAUUGCAGGAUUGCAUCUAACAGUACCCAUUCUUUAAUUUUCUUCUUUUUCUCUCCUUAGAUAUUCUUUAUUUACGGACAUCUGGUGGCUGUGUCUGUACGGUUCAGUUCCUGGAUUGAGGACCACUGUAAGUAGAGGAUACUUUGAUCAAAGAAGGAGCUGUUUUGAUUGGUUUGUGUGUUCGAUAUUGGUUAACCUUAACUACCAAUAAUCAAAGUCUUGUCUUUUGGGUCAUCUACUACAUAUAUACCAUUCUCUGAUAAAUCCUCGGCAAGGCCCACUAGUAUGUUUAGUGGGUUUUGUCGAGCGAAUUAAACUCAAUUAUCGAAAGGUGAAAGGUAUCUUGUGGAGGUUGGAGAUUCCAGGUUUUUUUUUCUUAUAUAUAUGGUCACCAUUGCUUUUUGGCAAUUGGGUCCUCCUUUCAUCUUCUUUAUGCGUUUGUGCAACAUUAUUUGAAACGACCCAUCUGAGAAUUCCUCAUAUCUGAUGCUUUUCUUCUUGAUAUCUUGCCUCUCCUUUGUCCUCCUCUCUAAGUCCCUCCCUCUCAAUCCUCUCCCACCAUGGGCGAGUGAGAUGAGAUUGCUCUCUCUCUGGUUCUGGAAGGAGUUAUCUUGUUUCUGGGUUUCCUGGUUGAGAAAGAUUUGGCUAAGUGGUGUUUUGUUUGAAAUCCCAUCAGCUAUGUCCAUGAAAAGGAAGAGUUUUUCUGUAAAAGUAGAGAAUGUGGAGGAGCCAGAGCGGACCUCUGUAUUGGAUUUGCCAGAAUUGGCUUUGGAAUGCAUUCUUGGGAAGCUUCCUCCUGAAGAAUUAUGUAAUAUGGCGGCGGUCUGCAGUUCUUUGAGGGAUAGGUGUAGAAGUGACUACCUGUGGAAGAGGCACAUGAAGGAGAAAUGGAGUAGAGUGAUUGGCCCUGCAGCUUAUCGUGAAUGGAAAUGGCGUAUUGCCUGUAGAAAGGAUUUGGGUGUCUCCGAAAGUUGCGGUCGGAAGCGCUUGGUCAAGUCCCUAUCUUGUGCUUGGCCUUUCUCAUGGAUCAAAUCCAAGAUGGAGACCAGUAACAAGCAAACGAGUUACUUGCCUGCUGAUUCAAUGAUGUCUUGGUAUCUCUCUCUUGAGAAUGGCAAGUUCUGGUUCCCAGCCCAGGUCUACAACCGUGAGAAUGGGCAUGUGGGGUUUAUGUUGUCAUGUUACGAUGCAGAACUCAGCUAUGAUUCCCGCACAGACACCUUUCAUGCAAGGUACCCACCACAUGGACGGCGGACCAUUGUGAUAGAGGAAGGAGUUGAGUGGCACAGAUUAAGGGCACCACCUGUUGAUACUCUUUCUCAUGAUCUUCAUGUCUCUGAUUGUUUGCAUGAUUUAUGCCCUGGUGAUCAUAUUGAGAUUCAGUGGAGAAGAAAUAAAGAGUUCCCCUAUGGUUGGUGGUAUGGGGUCAUUGGUCAUCUAGAAACGUGUAGUGGGAAUGAGAAUCUCUGUCAUUGUCAUCAAAGUGAUACUGUAAUUUUGGAGUUCAACCAAUACACCCCAGGAUCACGAUGGAGGCGAAGCUCCAUCAGCAGGAAAAAUCACCGGGAUGAAGGGAAUGAAGCAGAUGGGUUUUAUGGAGGAAUCAGAAAACUUUACAGCAAUGAGGAAAUUGCAAUGUGGAAGCGGCUCUGGCCAACUGAAGUCUUGGAAUAGGUUGCCAUAGCUUAGAGAAAAUUAACUGCAUAUCUGAGCAUAUUUGAUUGAACUGCAAUUGCAAAAGUUUAAUGACUAAUUAAAUUGGUCCUUAGAAGAUGAAGGAUAGGUGUUGGCUUUAGAUGGAUGGAUGUGGUGGCCAUUUUUUUUUUCCGAAGGCCAG